AUGGGCUAUAAACGCAAGCUUGUCGUCGACGACAAAGCAGUCACAGAAGGCGCAGGCCUGACUUUAAGACAAAGCUUGAUACCAUGCGGAUUAGUAACCAUCCUGUUCUUCCUCUGGGGUUUCGCAUACGGCCUUCUGGAUGUUCUAAACUCUCACUUUCGGACUCUCUUGAAUAUUACCCCAGCUGAAGUUACCGGAUUGUCUGCUGCGUACUUCGGUGCCUACUUCCUAUGUCCGCUGACGAUCUCGGGAUGGAUACUGAGACGAUUCGGAUUUCGUGUCACCUUUAUGACUGGCCUAGCCAUCCUCACCGUAGGAUGCCUCCUCUUCUGGCCCUCGGGCGUGAAGGCCUCCUUCGGCGGCUUCUGCGGCAGCAUGUUCGUCGUCGGCGCGGGCCUCGCCACCCUCGAAGUCGGAGCCGACAACUUCCUGGCCAUCUGCGGUCCUCCACGAUACUCUGAGAUCCGCCUCAAUCUGGCCCAAGGCAUCCAAGGGGUGGGUUCUUUCGUGGCGCCGCUGCUGGCAUCCCGUGUGUUCUUCGCCAAGACCAUCGACAACGAGGCUGGCUUGAAGAAUGUGCAAUGGGUGUAUCUGGGGGUCGCCUGCUUUGUGGCGCUGCUGAUUGUCCUAUUCUACCUGGCGCCGAUGCCCGAGGUCACUGACGGAGAUAUGAAUCUUCAAGAGGCGGAAAUUGCGGGUGAAGAAGUGGGACCGCUGCGGAAGCAGUACAAUCUAUAUCUGGGUGUAUGGUCGCAGUUCUGCUAUGUGGGUGCGCAGGUUGCUGUUGCCAACUUCUUCAUCGACUUUUGUGUGGAGGCGGGAUACGAGAAGGCGUUUUCCUCGGACCUCCUCGCGAUUGGCCAAGGGCUGUACGCCUUUAACCGCUUCCUCGCAGCAAUGUUGAUGACCCUCAAGCCCUUCAAGCCCAGGUACAUCCUCGCAGUCUAUCUCGGCCUAUGCUUCGUCUUUGGACUUGCCGCAACACUGACCAAGGGCCACACAAGCGUCGCGUUGCUCAUUCUCGUUUUGUGCUUCGAGAGCGCCUGCUUCGCCACCAUCUUCACCCUCGCCCUCCGCGGUCUAGGCUGCCACACCAAGCGCGGCGGCAGCUGGCUCGUGGCCGCCAUUUCCGGCGGUGCUGCCAUUCCGCCCAUGACUGGCGCCGUGGCUACGCGCACUGGCAGCUUCCACACGGCCAUGGCGAUCCCUACGGCGUUUUAUGUGCUCGCGUUUGUGUUCCCUGUGUAUGCGAAUGUGUGGAAUAGGGAUGUCCUUGAUGGGCAUAGGAAUACGGAUUUGAAUGUUGAUGAGGUACAUGCGAUUCGUACAGAGGGUGAGGAUAAAGGGGAGAGGGAUGCAACGGCGCGUGUGCAGGAGGUGAAAUAA